AUGGUAGCGCGGGGCGGGGCACUGCCGGGCCCCACUGCCCGCCCGCCCGGAGAGCAGCCGACGUGCGGGCACCGAGCGCAGCCUCGGCCCCGCUGCAGCCCGAGCCCCGGGCGGCCGCGGCUGCUAUGUGGCUUCGCGGCGCACGGUCUCCACCGGGUUUGCGCCCACGCCUGGCCGAGGCUCAGCUGCCCAAGGACUAGGGACGCUCUGCAGCCAAGGGGGGGCCGCGGGCUGGACGCAGCCCCUGGAAGUGCCUGGCAGUGAGGACGGAGCCAUGCGCCUGGCGGCCGCCUGCUGAGCCCCCUGACCUCCUAACGACGGCCGAGCAUCCCCGAGCCCACGUCCCCAGCAGGAGCCCUGCAGCAGAACCAAGUGUGGGGUGGGCCGGGGGGUUGCAACGUCCCCUCCUGACCCACCUCGUACCCCCCACGGCCUCGCAGAGCCCCCCAGUGCCUCUGCCGCCCUCCUGGGGGCCUGGCAGCCCCCUCACAGGGCUGCCUGCCCCACGACCCUCGCCUUGGCCUCCCGCCCUGCUGGAGCGCGGCACCCUGCCGGGCGCUGCCCCCCGCGCCCCCAGGGCAUCGCCCCCCGCCCCUCCGGGGCCCUGCCGCCCGCCGGCAGAGCCAUGAAGCUGCAGGCAGUGAUGGAGAACCUGCAGCGGCAGCAGCGUGCCCGGCUGCAGCAGGCGCUGGAAGCGCGGCAGCAGGAGCAGCAGCAGCAGCGCUCCACGCCCCCCCCGGCACAGCCCCCGCCGGCCACAGGACAGACUCCUGCCCGGGGACGAGGCCCUGAUCUGGCCCCAGCCCCUUUGGAGGAAGGAACGGAGCCUGAGAGCGCGCACAUCCAGCGGGCACAGAUGGCCGCCCUGGCUGCCAUGAGGGCCGCAGCCGCAGGCCUCAGCCACUCGUCCAGCCCAGGGCUGUCGGAGGAGAGCCAGGAGGAGGAGGAGCGCGGUGAGGAGGAGGAAGAGGAGGAGGACGGCGGUGGCUACCAGCAGGAGAUGGGCUCCGAGGAGGAGGAAGACCUGAAGGGCAAAUGGGACGAAGAAGACUUUGAAGAGGACCUGGGCGAGGAGGAGGAGGAGGAGGAGGAAGAAGAAGAGGAAGAGGAGGAGGAAGAGGAGGAAGAAGAGGAAGACUACGAGGAGGAGGAAGACAUGGGCGAGGAGGGGCUGGGCUCAGCGGAGGCGGUGCGGACGGGCACAGGGUCCUUGCUGCUCCGCAAGCCGCCGGCACCGCAGCACUGCCGGGGUGAGGCACAGCGGCUGCCGGGUGCACAGGAGCGGCUCCCAGCUGGACUGGGCCCCCAGGGCCACGCGCAGCUCCCACAGCCCGCACCCGACCACGGCGACUGGACCUACGAGGAGCAGUUCAAGCAGCUGUACGAGUUGGAUGGUGACCCCCGGAGGAAGGAGUUCCUGGACGACCUCUUCAGCUUCAUGCAGAAGCGAGGGACCCCCGUGAACCGGAUCCCCAUCAUGGCCAAGCAGGUGCUGGACCUCUACAUGCUCUACAUGCUGGUGACGGAGAAGGGCGGCCUGGUGGAGGUCAUCAACAAGAAGCUGUGGCGAGAGAUCACCAAGGGGCUCAACCUGCCCACCUCCAUCACCAGCGCGGCCUUCACGCUCCGCACCCAGUACAUGAAGUACCUGUACCCCUACGAAUGUGAGAAGCGGGGCCUGAGCAACCCCAACGAGCUGCAGGCGGCCAUCGACAGCAACCGCAGGGAGGGCCGUCGGCAGGGCUUCGGCAGCUCGCUCUUCACCUACUCGCCCAGUGGCACCCAUGGGCUCCUCUCCUCGCCCAAGCUGCCGGUGCCGGCCCUGGGCCUGGCCUCUGCCACCAACGGCGGUGCCAUCGCUCCCGUCCAGAAGAUCAAGAAAGAGGAGGACGCGCCCAUCCCCAUCUCCAUGCCCAGCCGGCUGCCGGUGUCACUGGCCGGGCACCCGGUGGUGGCAGCCCAGGCCGCGGCCGUGCAGGUGGCAGCGGCAGCCCAGGCCGUGGCUCUGGAGCAGCUGCGGGAGAAGCUGGAAUCAGGGGAGCCCCCGGAGAAGAAGAUGGCACUGGUGACGGACGAGCAGCAGCGGCUGAUGCAGCGCGCUCUGCAGCAGAACCUCCUGGCCAUGACGGCCCAGCUGCCCAUGAGCAUCCGCAUCAACAGCCAGGGCACCCGCUCGCCAGAGAACCGCCAGGACGCCUCCGGCGGCGCGGCCAACAACGGCACCAACAGCAUCAGCAUGUCGGUUGAGAUCAACGGUAUCGUCUACACAGGUGUGCUGUUCGCCCAGACGCCCGGCCCUUCCUCCUCCUCCUCC